ACUGCCUGAUCCACAUUCGCCUUCCCCUCAAAGUCCUCCUCAGAAACAUGCGUGCCAUCCUCCUUGCUCUGAGUGUGGCGUCCUUCGCCUCCGCUACGAUCUUCCAGGAUUGCGGCUCGGUCGGCACCGACGUGGUCCUCAACGUGGAGAACUGCGAGCUGCCUCCGUGUCUGCUGGAACGCGGCUCCACCUACAACGUCAACAUCCAGUUCACGUCCAGCCAGACCUCGGACGCGCUGACCAUCGACGCCUCAGCCAACCUGGCCGGCAUCAACGUCCCUUGGCCCGGAAUAGACACCGACGGAUGCAAGCAGCUGGAAGGAGGCUCCAACCCGUGCCCUUACAGCAGCGGUCGCGUCGACUGGACCAUGCCGGUGGCCGUCCUUAGCGAGUACCCAGCGCUGUCGACCGUCGUGACGUUCAAGCUGAAGAACGCCGCCGGGGAGCCUGAGGCGUGCACGGUGGUUCCCGUGACCCUCGUGUAGCGUGGCUGCCUGACCCGCCACCGGGCCUUCUGCAGGACCAGUCGACUCGGG